UGACCUACACGACAAUACAGCUUCUUCCUCCUUCUUCUACUCUUUAACCAUUUUCAAUCCUAUUGUUUUUCUAUGCUUUCCCAAUCAAAUUUAAUUUAUUAAUUUUCGAUUUCUCUCCCUCCUAAUUUCUUCAUCCUGGCAGCAGAAUCCGUUGCGAUUUUCCUUGAUGAUCAGUAUAUGCCCACGAAUAACAUAGAGAUUAAAAAUCGAAGCUUGAUUUGAUUAAACUAAUGGACGGUCCCCGCAAACUGAAUUCUGAGGUUGAGGCCGACGAUUUGGCUUCUGGGGUUUCGGAUUUUUCACUUCAGGGAGGCACCCUCCGCUCGAAUUUCCAUUCUCCGCCGAAUGAUGGAGUUGAUAAUCACGGAGAGCAGAAGCAUAAUGAUGAUCGAAUAGUGACAGAAUCUGGAGAAUGUGACUCUGAGGUUCAUGGGAAGGAGAAUGGGGAGCAAAGAAAAUACUUCUAUUAUGAAGCUCCACUUUCUGAAGAAACGGGGGUUUGGAUACCUGUUUCUGUUCCGCCUAUGUGGGAAGCUGAGCAUGAUGAGUGGGGCAAAGGUUUCUACUCUAAUGGGGGAUACCUUCCCGAGAGUGACAUGGGCUGGGGCCAGUGCAUUGGGGAAGAGAAGGAGCUGACUAUGUGGGAUGUGAUGGUAGAAAUGUUGCUUGCAGCCCGUGGGAAAGUAGGUUCAUUAGCUUCAGCUGAUACGUACGGAUGUAAACUUUCGUGGAUGUCAGGUAAUCUCCUUGAUCAAGCGUGGAAAGAAAUGGCCCAAACACUCACAGAUGCAAAUUUUGCUAAUGUAAGAGAACUCAUUGAAGCCGACCCACCAAAAUGGUUGGCCGAUAGUUCUGCAUCUUCUUGUAUGCUUUGUGGUGUGCACUUUCAUCCAAUCAUGUGUUCUAGGCAUCACUGUCGGUUUUGUGGAGGAAUAUUUUGUGGUGACUGUUCUAAGGGAAGGAGUUUGAUGCCGGCAAAGUUCCGUGUUGCGGAUCCCCAACGAGUCUGUGAUGUAUGCUGUGUACGACUAGAGUCUGUCCAACCAUACUUAAUGGACCAAGUAAGCCAUGCUGCCCAGGUUCCAACCCAAGAUCUUACAGACCUUAGUACUUUGAGGUCAUGGAUUAAUAUUCCUUGGGGACACUCCAUGGAGUAUGAGAUAUAUAAGGCAGCAAAUGCAAUUCGUGUUUAUAAGAAGGUAUGUUCACUAAAGCCUGAGAAGUCGAUUCCAGAUUCCAUUCUGAGACAAGCAAAAGGCCUUGCAAUAAUCACUACUGUGAAAGUUGGAGCUAUGGUUACCUACAAUAUCGGUACAGGAGUUGUGAUUGCUCGUAGAGAAGAUGGCUCUUGGUCUCCACCAUCUGCUGUUUCUACAUUCGGUAUAGGUUGGGGUGCGCAGGCUGGAGGGGAGUUGACAGACUUUAUCAUUAUUUUGAGAACAAGUGAAGCUGUAAAGACAUUCAGUGGCAAUGUGCAUGUAUCAGUAGGAGCCGGUUUGAGUGCUGCAGUCGGUGUUGUUGGAAGGGCAGCUGAAGCUGAUGUUCGAGCUGGAGAUGGCGGUUACUCUGCUUGUUAUACAUACAGCUGUAGUAAAGGUGCGUUUGUUGGAUGCUCACUGGAAGGUAGUAUUGUAACCACCCGCACGAAGGUGAAUUCUCGAUUUUAUGGCAGCCAGUCAAUAACUGCAUCAAAUGUUCUUCUUGGCUCGUUGCCCCAACCCCCUGCCGCUUCUACUCUCUAUCGUGCUCUUGCAGACCUAUAUCAGAAGAUCGAGCAGUGACCCCAAAUCAUUCGCUGAAGAUUGCCGGGUGAUCAUGGGGAAACAAAUCGUUGCAGUUUGUACAUUAUGUGCAUAUAUGCCCUGAAGCUUUCCAAUGAUGAAGGUUCGUUGCUGCCAUUCUUUGCCCGUGAAAAACAUUUUCUGGGACUUACCGUGUACACGGGGGCCAUUGCAAGGGAGGGGCGAAAAAUGUUCCUUAUUUGGAGCCACUGUAUAUAAACCAUGCCUUGUCAUUUUCUCUCUGUAAAUGUAACAUUUAUUUUGGAGAAAGCCAAAACUUACAGAAACAGUAUUUCUUUACAAAAGAAAUCAGCAAAAGUAGUAUUUUGUGGGUGUUUGUGUUAAUAUUUAACUUUGGGCUUAGAGGAGAGAAAGCCCAAAAGAGUUCAAUAAGAAGAGUUUCGCUCAAA